AUGCCGACAAUGGUGGAAAUGCAGCACCAGAUCCGCGCUAACGCGUCCCAGCUGCAGGACUACUUUUCAGAUUUGUAUGCGUGGGAGAAGAGUAUCGACAAGGAGGACUCGAUGCGCAAAAGGGCGACGAAAACUGCGAAGAGCUCAGCAACACCACCUGCGGCUCCACCGCCACGGGUGGCAACGACCGUCGGCGUCGGCAGUAGCGAUGAAAAUGCAAGGACUGUUAGUCUGAAGAAACUGGAUGCACAUACUUACGACAAAGGGUACAAGCGCUGGGAAAAGUUCGACGUGGACACUGCAUUAAAAGAAGCGGACGAAGAAGGAGAUUGUAAGCAAAAGAACAAGCAACCCUCGGCACUUGUUCAGCCUUCAGGCUCUGCUCCGACUGCAAUGGCUAAGACUUCGGUAUCUUCGACGACGACGAAAAGUCGGGAGGAGCUAGAGAAAGAAGAAGGCAACGCCCACUACAAACGGGGUGACUAUGUGGCAGCGAUCAAGAGUUAUACACGCUGUCUCGGCUACAAUCCGCAGAACGCUGUGGUGCUGUCGAACCGUGCCAUGGCGUACUUAAAGAACCGCGAGUAUGCCAAUGCUGAAGAUGACUGCUCACUAGCACUAAGGGCUGACCCGGCGCAUGCCAAGUCGUGCACGCGUCGAGGAACUGCACGUAACUCAUUAGGAAAGCACAGACUUGCGCUACUCGACUUCCAGCGGGCCGCUACGUUGGAUCCGAAAAGCCGUCAAAUCCAGAAACAGUUGCAGUCGACUCGAGAGCUCAUCCGAACGGCCAUCAAGCGCUCAUCGAAGCGAACAGAGUUCUCGAUUGAAGUUGUUGGAGGCAGUUCAAAGGCCAAGCAAACUCAUCCUGAGCACGACGGUGAUGUCGACAACAAGGAAAACAUUGGAUCACAACCAGAGACUUCUCCUGCCAUGAAGAAGAUGCCUCUCCCGCUGGAGGAAACAGGUUCGAACUUUCAGUCUUCACCCACGACGACGUCGGCGAAAUCGACGGUCGAGAAGACGAAGAAAAAGAGCUCGGGUACACUUCUAAAGAUCUCCAAGAAAGCUCCAGCCACUUCGUACGAGUUUGGACGCGUAUGGAAGACACUUGUCUUGCGUGGAGACGCAGAGCAGAAAAGUCGCUUGCUCAACUUGCGUGCCGAGUAUCUGCGACUGAUCGACCCUCCUGCUCUAAGCUCGAUCUACAAAACUGGGAUGGAAUCAGAUAUACUGUGUGAAAUUUUCCACCUCACGAAAGUACCGCGCUUCAAUAUGACGAUCAUGCUCCUGUCCGGCAGCGAGAAGGAAGAUAUGACAUGGGUCAUCAAGCGUUUGGAAGAUCUGUCGAAGGACGACAACGAAAUUCAAGCGCAGGAAAUUAAUAACCUCAAAAAGCUGUACGAGCUACCCUGA